AUGUUUUUUUCUAUUCCAUAUUUUCGUUUCAUUUCAGUAACACCACUACGUGCAAGUUCGAUUGAUAUUCAUCCGAAUGCAAAAUGGGCUCAGAAUGGUGUCACUGUUGCUGGAGGAAAUGGAGAAGGCAAUGGAAUCAAUCAACUCUCUUACCCAUACGGUUUGUAUGUGGAUGAUGAUCAAAGUAUUUAUGUCGCUGAUUACUUUAAUCAUCGUAUUGUGGAAUGGAAAUCUGGUGCAACGAGUGGUCAAGUAGUUGCCGGUAUAAAUGGACAAGGAGAUGGAGCUAAUCAAUUGAAUUUUCCCAUGGAUGUGAUUGUCGACAAAGAGAGAGAUAGUCUCAUCGUCUGUGAUCGUUGGAAUAGAAGAGUAGUUCGAUGGCCUCGUCGAAAUGGUACUAGUGGAGAAACAAUCAUCUCGAAUAUCGUUUGUGUCUCUUUGACAAUGGACGACAAUGGUUAUCUCUAUGUCGUUGACUUUGAAAAACAUGAAGUGAGACGAUGUAAAUUUGAUGACACUCAAGGAACAGUGGUUGCAGGUGGCAAUGGAGGAGGAAAUCGUCUCGAUCAACUCUCUCUUCCCUACUACGUAUUUGUCGAUCGAGAUCAUUCAGUAUAUGUGUCUGAUUGGGGAAAUCACCGUGUGAUGAAAUGGGAAGAAGGUGCAAACCAAGGGAUUAUUGUAGCUGGUGGUCAAGGGCAAGGAGAUAGUCUUAGACAAUUGUCAUGGCCUCGAGGAGUUGUUGUCGAUCAAUUGGGCACUGUCUAUGUGGCUGAGGAAGGGAAUCAUCGAAUAAUGCGUUGGCCAAAAGGAGCCACACAGGGAAGUGUCAUUGCUGGUGGAAACGGUCAAGGAGGACAAUCAAACCAACUGAAUCAGCCCAUCGGUUUAUCAUUCGAUCGACACGGCAAUCUCUAUGUCGUCGAUCGCGAUAAUCAUCGAAUACAAAGAUUUAAUAUCGAAAAGACAACAAAUUAA